AUGCUUAAUUCAUUGUUAUUGAAUGAAAAAUAUCUAAAUAAAAGCUCAUGCAAAAAUAUGUAUUUCAAUAAUCAAAAAAUUUUAUAUAAAUAUUUCUCAAAUUACUUAUCAUGUAAAAUUCAACCUAAAUCAAUCAGCCUAAUAUUUUCUAUUGAUAAAAAAUGCUUUGGAGUAAAAAGAGUUGUUCAAAAAAGAAAAUAUAUGUUAAAAUUGAUACAACCGCACCAAGAAAAAUUUGAUAUACAAAAAUAUAGAAAUUAUAUAGAAAAAGAAAAAUUAAGUGAAAAAAUUAAUAUAAAUAAUAUAAAUAUUGAUAAUGAAAAAGAAGUUGAGUUAUACGAAAAUUAUUUAUUAAAUUACAAAUAUAAUAAAAGGGAAGUUGAAAAGAAUGCUACUCUUCCUUUAUCUUUAUUAUCCUCUUCCUUUAUAAGAAGAACUAUUUAUUCAAACAGAGAAGAUGUUCUAAAAAGUUUAAAAAAUAUUAACUGGAAAAAGUACUGUUGUAAUGUUAAAGGAGUAAGAUGGCAUGCUAGUGGAGCAUGGCGUGUCUUGUUUUGUAAAAGAAAUUAUCAGCACAAUUUUUUUGUUAAAUGUGAUUGCUAUUUUCGUGUGAGCAUUUAUGGUUUCGAAAAAAGUAAAGAAUUGGCUGUUCUUUAUAGAAAAAGGCUUGAAUAUGAAUAUCUUUUACUCAUGAAAAGAUGGAAAGAAAUUGAAAUAGAAAAUGCUAAAAAAAGAAAAAUGAAAAAAGAAUCUGAAAAAAAUAAUGAAAGUUUUGAAGACGAAAAUGAUAUUGGGAAAAUUGAUAAUGAAUAUUACAAUGAUGAAAAUUCAUAA